AGUUCGGGACCGGGGCCUUCUCCUUGCUUCUUGGGGUCGUGGCCUUGCUCCUGCCGUGCAAGGAAGGUGUCCGGGCGUGUCCACGCGCGUGUGUGCGCGUGGGCCCUGAAGUGCUCGUGCGUCCGCUCUAGGUCUCUGUGGGGGCAGAAGCAGUAGCCAUGGGCGGGACCUCCAGCACCCGCCGGGUCACCUUCGAGGCGGACGAGAAUGAGAACAUCACCGUGGUGAAGGGCAUCCGGCUUUCAGAAAAUGUGAUUGAUCGUAUGAAGGAAACCUCCCCAUCUGGUUCGAAGUCUCAGCGGUAUUCUGGUGCUUAUGGUGCCUCAGUUUCUGAUGAAGAAUUGAAAAGAAGGGUGGCCGAGGAGCUGGCAUUGGAGCAAGCAAAGAAAGAGUCUGAAAAUCAGAAACGACUUAAGCAAAGCAAAGAACUGGACCGGGAGAGAGCGCUUGCCAAUGAGCAGUUAACCAGAGCUAUUCUUCGAGAAAGGAUAUCAAGCGAAGAAGAACGAGCCAAGGCAAAGCACCUGGCUAAGCAGCUGGAAGAGAAAGAUCGAGUGAUAAAGAAGCAGGAUGCAUUCUACAAAGAGCAGCUGGCUAGACUGGAAGAGAGGAGCUCAGAAUUCUACAAAGUCACCACUGAACAAUAUCAGAAAGCAGCUGAAGCGGUAGAAGCAAAAUUCAAGCGGUAUGAGUUUCAUCCUGUCUGUGCUGAUCUACAAGCCAAAAUUCUUCAGUGUUACCGCCAGAACACCCAGCAGACCCUCAGCUGCUCUGAUCUGGCCAACCAGUACAUGCGCUGUGUCAAUCAGGCCAAACAGAGCAUUUGUCAUGGAAGGAAUGAAACCAGAUUCAGGCAUAAAACACAGGAGGAUAAAGAACAGCCCUUGCUGGUCGGGGACAGAGAGUGAGAACACAAGCAUGCUUGAGAAGGGAGGAUAAAGUCAACUUUUAGAACAAGCAGAACUCCUCAACGUUAAUUCCAGAGGCGGAACAUUUUUUUUCCCUAGUGAGAAAGUAACCAUUUAAAGAGAAGACUAUUAAAGAGAAGCACCAGAGAGCAGAUUCAGCCGGGCACAUCCCAGUUUGAGUAGCUGCAGUGCGAAAAGCCGAGGCCUAGAUCAGGUAUCUGCCAGCAAGGACACUGCAGUGUUAGUCAACCCAUUUAUGACCAUUAAAAGAGAAAGGCACCCCUCUCCACCUUUUCAACUUUCUAUUCUUAUCAGGCUCCAUGGUUUGGUGAACCUUCACUCCAGCAAAGCCAGGGUUUGGGAUUGGUGGGGCGAGAGGAGGGGGCGAUGGUAUUUGGAGGGGGGAGGGGGGAGGGGCACCAAACCUCCCUCUCUGCCCAGCGGUGCUGGGUGGAAUUGUCUAGGCUGUGGCAUGUUGUUUUUUCUCUUGUUCUUUUCUCCCCUGACUAUAUAAGAGCUACUUCAUUUUAACUUAUUAUAGUGAUCAUGUAAGGAAGACAAAAAGGAAAGAAAAAUGUACCUCUUUUACUGGAAUAAUGUUUAUGAUUACAAGUGAAAUAAGGCAUUUUUUAUCCACAUAAAGGCAACCUUGGCUUAUACAACCUCUUCUCGAUCAUGAAUACUGACAUCUUUACUUCACUCACUAUCAAUAAUAAAUAUAUUUUCCGACGAAGACCGGCAUUGUA